AUGCAAGUUGAUGACGUAUUUCCGCUAAUGAUUUUCAGUACCGGUUCAAACGUCCCCAACGUGGCUGCUGCUGUUUCCAGCGUGUGGACUGAAUAGCCAAUAAGGUUUAGUGAUCGUGAAGGACAAACAACGGUGAAAAUGGGUGAGUUCAAGGUGCACCGUGUUCGGUUCUUCGACUACAUGCCCAGUGCUAUCAGAGCCAUGGCGUUUAACAGUCAAACGGAGCGACUGGCUCUGGUCCGGGCUGAUGGAGCGCUUGAGAUCUUCAACUUCGCUGACCACUACUUCCAAGAAAAGGUCAUCCCAGGACAGGAUGGCAGGGCUGUUGAGGCUCUGUGUUGGGUGGGUCAGCGUCUGUUCAGUGCUGGGUUGAAUGGAGAGGUCACAGAGUAUGACCUGGAGAACCUGAGGCCCAAGUACACUGUCGAGGCCUAUGGAGGACCAAUCUGGACAAUUGGUGGCAAUAAACAGGGAACACUGCUAAUGGUUGGUUGUGAGGAUGGGACAGUAAAGAUAUUUGAAAUAUUGAAGGAAAUGAUUCAGUUUGAAAGAAACUUGGAAAGGCAGAAAGGUCGUAUCGUAUCUGUGUCUUGGCAUCCCUCUGGUACACUGAUUGCUGCUGGAAUGAUGGACAUGAUCAGAGUCUUUAAUGCUGAAACAGGCCAUGCCAUACACAGAAUGCUGGUGGAGAGAGGUGCUGGGGCAUCCAAGAGCAGAGAGGUUGUGGUUUGGAGCGUCACAUUCCUGUCUGACUACACAAUCAUUAGCGGUGAUUCUGCAGGAAAGGUCCAAAUCUGGGAUGGGCUUACAGGAACUCUGGUCAGAACUCACCUGAUCACCAAGUGGGAUGUCCUUUGUCUGUCUUUGUCACAGGACGAGAGCAGUCUGAUAGCUGGGACAUCAGAGGGCACUGUUGUCCAGUUUCAGUUCAUCAGCUCCACUGUGGAUCAACAGGAGAAGGAGUGGGUCAGAACAAGGACCUUUAAAAACCACUCGCAUGAUGUGAGAGCACUCGCACACACUGAGACUGCUGUGGUCUCUGGAGGUAUGGACACCCAGCUGGUGGUGCGACCCCUGCUGGACAAGGUGGAGAAGAACACGCAGGAGUCAGCGAUGCGCAAAAUAGCUUUACCACAUAGAAGCUUGGUUUGUUGUGCAAAGAAGGCAGGACUACUGCUCUUCCAGUUCCCUGAUCAUUUAGAGCUGUGGAGAGUAGGAGAGAGUGAUGGACAUGGAAAGCCUGGUGACAGUCUGCCUGUGAAGAGAAAACCAGAGAAACUGAUUCAGCUGAAGGGAAAGGGGGACGAUCAUAUCUACAGCAGUGCUUUGUCACCAUGUGGAGAAUGGCUGGCAUACUCUACAGUCUCCAGUGUCCGUCUCUACAGAUUACAAUACAACAGCAUCAGCAUUACCAAGGUGUCCAAACUACCCAAAGACCUUUGCUUGGGCCACCAGCUCUGCUUCUCCUCAGACUCCACCAAGUUCUUUGUUUCUUCCAGACAUUCAUCAGUCAUUGUUGUUGCCCUCAACCAGAUGGAGUGUAAAUACCUUCACACUCUCAAACCCAAGUCAGGAUCCAGACAGCCAGUGCAUCUGCUGUGUACCAGUGAGGAUGGCAAAUGGAUCGCUACAGCUAACACAGACUGUGAGAUUCACGUGUACGACCUUCACAAGCGUAAGCUGCAUUGUACAGUUCCAACAUACAGCUCCUGUCCCACAGCCAUAGCCAUCCACCCAACAACGAGCAACUUAGUUGUGGUGCAUGCUGACCAGCAGAUCUUUGAGUACUCUCUGGUGCAGAAAGAGUACACAGAGUGGAGUCGAAAGCUGCAGAAACAAGGACUGCACUCUCUAUGGUUGGAGAGGGACACACCUGUCACACACAUCACCUUCAGUCUUAAAAACCCAGCUCACAUCUUUCUGCAUGACGUGUUCAUGUUCUGCAUCAUUGACCAAAGUCUGCCCCUCCCUGAAGCAAAGACUUUGCUUUACAAUCAGAUGACACUGAGGAGCCUCCCUGAGCAAGAAAGGAUCAGACACAGUCAUGCCUUCAAGAUAUGCAAGAAUUUCAAGCACGUGAUGUGUGUGAGUUUACUGGAGGACCAUUCGCUGGUUGUGGUGGAGCGCCCACUGCUGGACAUGAUGUCUCAGCUGCCUGCUCCGGUCCGGCAGAAAAAGUUUGCCUCAUAAAUGAAGUGAAGCAGGUUUCCUGGAGGUGUUCCAGCCCAGAGGUUCAUGUUGGGGAAGGAUUACUUUUUGUUGAAAAUAAUUUGUGAUAUGGCAGUUUCAGUAUAUUUAAUACAAUGUGCCACCACUAAUUGUAAAGAAAUUGUUUGACUAAGUAAUAAACAAAACUAUUUACUUACA